AUGCGUUACUCCAUCAUCUUCGCUGCCUCCCUUGCGAGCUAUGCUUCCGCACACGGUGUCGUUGUCUCUAUGAACGGCGCAAACGGCGUCACCAUGCCUGGUCUUACAGUCGCCGACGGCACCCCUCGAGAUUGCUCUUCCAACGGCUGCGGUUCCCAGGCCGACACUGCCAUCAUCCGCGACCGCGAGAUCUCUUCUGGCAAGACCGGACCUCUCGGCCGCACCCAGGGCAACGGUAAUGUCGAUGCCUCCACCAUGAUCGCUGCAUUCAUGGGCACUGCCGCCGGUGCUGCGCCCCCAACCAACCAGGGUGCCUCUGGUUCCACUGGUGUUGAGGACGACCUCUCCGGAACAGCUGCAGCUGGUGGCCAGAAGAAGAGGCAGCUGCUCGGUGGCCUUCUCGGUGGGGGCGGUGGCGCCGGUGCCGCCGGCGGUGCUGGUGCCACUGGUAUUGCUGGUCUCCUCGGUGGAGGCGGCAACAAGGCUGAAGGCCCCCCUGAGGCCCGUGUUGCUGCUGCUGCCGGCCAGGGCGCUAGCAGCGGUAUGCCCACAGCCAACGCUGACGGCACUGUCGACAUGACUUUCCGCCAGAUCAACCAAGACGGCGCCGGCCCCUUCACGGCCGAUGUCGACGGCACCUCCGGUGGCACCGACGAGGCCGCCUUCCAGCCGGCCCAGGUCACCAAGGACGUCCCCGGCCUCGGUGUCCAGGGAAUCUCGCUCGCCACAAGCACCGAGUUCGAUAUGCAGAUUCAGAUGCCCGCUGGCAUGACCUGCGAUGCUACCGUCGCGGGCGUCAACAAUGUCUGCGUUGCCCGUGUCCGCAACGGCGCUGCUGCGGGUCCCUUCGGUGGCUCCGUUGCUUUCACCCAGGACGCUGCUACUCGCAAGAGGGCUAUUGCUUACCGCCUCAAGAAGCGUAUGGAAAUCGGCAACAUCCACUAG